GCUCUGCUUGCCGCCAGCUGACACCGCCUGCACUCGAGCCUGCCCGGGGAGGGAGAAGCGGCGGGGCCGUGACCUUGGCCGAGGAGCGCAGACCGAGAAUUCCUGUGUCCCACAGCGAGCCGCGUGUGGGUGACAUGGCCCAAGGGAAUAGCUACGGGCAGACCAGCAACGGGGUGGCGGAUGAAUCACCCAACAUGCUGGUGUACAGAAAGAUGGAAGACGUCAUAGCACGCAUGCAAGAUGAAAAAAAUGGAAUCCCUAUUCGAACUGUCAAAAGCUUUCUUUCCAAGAUACCUAGCGUCUUCUCUGGGUCAGACAUUGUUCAAUGGUUAAUAAAGAACUUAACUAUAGAAGAUCCAGUGGAGGCGCUCCAUUUGGGGACACUCAUGGCUGCCCAUGGCUACUUCUUUCCGAUCUCCGAUCACGUCCUCACGCUCAAGGAUGACGGCACCUUUUACCGGUUUCAAACGCCCUAUUUUUGGCCAUCAAAUUGUUGGGAGCCAGAAAACACAGACUAUGCGGUUUACCUCUGCAAGAGAACAAUGCAGAAUAAGGCAAGGCUGGAGCUAGCAGACUAUGAAGCUGAGAGCCUGGCCAGGCUGCAGAGAGCCUUCGCCCGGAAGUGGGAGUUCAUUUUCAUGCAGGCGGAAGCACAAGCAAAAGUGGACAAGAAGAGAGACAAAAUUGAAAGGAAAAUCCUUGAUAGCCAAGAGAGAGCGUUCUGGGACGUGCACCGACCCGUGCCUGGAUGUGUAAAUACCACUGAAGUGGACAUCAAGAAGUCAUCCCGAAUGAGAAACCCUCACAAGACACGGAAGUCUGUCUAUGGUUUACAAAAUGAUAUUAGAAGUCACAGUCCUACCCACACACCCACACCAGAAACUAAACCUCCAACAGAAGAUGAGUUACAACAACAGAUAAACUACUGGCAAAUACAGUUAGAUAGACAUCGGUUAAAAAUGUCAAAAGUCGCUGAUAGUCUGCUAAGUUACACGGAACAAUAUUUAGAAUAUGACCCAUUUUUUGUGCCACCUGACCCUUCUAACCCAUGGCUGUCUGAUGAUACUACUUUCUGGGAACUUGAAGCAAGCAAAGAACCAAGCCAGCAGAGGGUAAAGCGAUGGGGGUUUGGCAUGGACGAAGCACUGAAAGACCCUGUUGGGAGAGAGCAGUUUCUUAAAUUUCUAGAGUCAGAAUUCAGCUCAGAAAACUUAAGGUUCUGGCUGGCUGUGGAAGAUCUGAAGAAAAGGCCUAUUCGAGAAGUCCCCUCCCGAGUUCAGGAAAUAUGGCAAGAGUUUCUGGCUCCAGGAGCCCCCAGCGCCAUUAACUUGGAUUCUAAGAGCUAUGACAAAACCACACAGAACGUGAAGGAGCCCGGACGGUACACAUUCGAAGACGCUCAGGAGCACAUUUACAAAUUGAUGAAAAGUGAUUCAUACCCACGUUUUAUAAGAUCCAGUGCCUAUCAGGAGCUUCUACAGGCAAAGAAAAAGUUGGAGUGCUCAAUGGACCGCAGCACAUCUUUUGAGAAAUUUGCACAGAAUGUGGGGAAAUCUGUCACGUCAAAGAGAUUAACAAGUCUUGUUCAGUCUAACUAAAAGGAUCAUCCUGUAGCAUGGAAGCAGACUGAGUCGUUGCAUACCCUUUGUAGCUCUGUGUUGUUACCUGGAACAGAGGACAUUAGACCAAGAUGUUGCAUGAGCAAAGGACCUGAAUUGUUCUUCCUCUGUGUGCAGUAAGGCAUCGCCAUCUGCAAGGGACGCUGCCAUCUCAAUGCCUCCAUUUCAAAAUGUUGUCUGCUCACUUCCUCCUUGUACUAAGCUGGAUCUGUGUCUUUUCCUUUUUAUCAAGUUCAAGUGAAGUAAACCUUUUACUUUCCCCACCUCCCCCUUCCUCUCUCUUUCUCUUAAAGCUUCUGCUAGACACACAGCUCACUGAAAAUUCAGUCAGUCACAAACUGGAAGAAUUGUGAAAGAAAAAAAACAUAUAUCAAUAAGUAUACAUAUGGCUUCACAUUUGUCAAUCAAUCAAUUAGCACAGGAAGUUCCACUUCACCAAUGUAUUCAGUCGUAAACAAGCUCACAGCUUUGUCCGUUGUCUGUACAUUCUCAGUUAAUGUUUCUUGCAUUUAUUUUUAUACCGUAUUUAAAUAAGAAACACCUUUUACUCCAAAUGGAUUAAAGUUGAU